AGCUGUCCAUUGAAUGGCCGUCUCUGUCUGAAAAACUGACCGUUGAAGCUUCUCAAACAUUAAUCAGACCGUUGGAUGGGAAUUUCAGAGAAUAUAUAAAUAUCAAACCUUACCUUCAGGAAGAAUAAGCCCACUUCCUUCUUCCCCAUUUCUCUGUAUAUACUCUUUGCUUGCUUGUGAUCAGAGAUGGGUUUGGUGAUGGUGAUCUCUCUGCCACUCAUUUUCUUCUGCUUGCUGCUCGGUUUCGGGUGUUACUUUCUCGGCCGAGCAAAAGGGAGACGAGACAUAAGGACCAAUGCUCAGACAUUUGGGGUGCCCAUGCCGCCUCCCGGUAUCGCCACCACUCAUUCCCUAUCGCCACCGCAGCCGAUUUUCAAACCUGAUAAUGCCAUCAAUGUUUGAUUAGUAAUCAGAUCUAAGUUCAAUUCUUCACUGUACUCUUUUCCUACUGCAAAACCCAAAUUCGCUCACAGGGUUCUUUUUUCUGAGUGUGUGUAAAUUCUAUACUAUCAGAGUUUAAGCUUCAAUACUCCAUGAUGAAUCGUUUUCCAGUUACUGUCUGUCUAUCCUACAAAUAAAAUGGCCUUCGAAGUUGGCCGCCAUGUUGAUUCCUCAACCCUUCUGCACCUGCAAUGCUUGGUUGAAGAACCCCAUAAAAUAUUUAAAUAACAUACUCGAAAUUGAUUGCAUAAUUUCAUAGUUAGCACAACGUAUUGUUUGUAUAAGGAAGAAAGAAUGCUUCUUAAUCUGCUGUUCCUUUCUCACUCCUAACACCUCUUGGUAGCCAAGUAUUGUAACAUGAAGGUAGU